AUGCCACAACAAAAGCGUGUCCGAUUUAAGGACGACGUGGUGCGGGUGAAGAACCUACACCAGCUCGACAGUGCUGCGGUGUAUGGUGCACUGCUCUUCGUGAUCGGAUGCGGUCUGUUGACGAGUUACUUGUCCACAAAACUGCCACCAGCGCUGACGGUCGCGGAUCUCGAACGUUCCCCGAAUGCGUUUAUAGCCGAGCGUGCGUGGGCUAGUCUGAAGACGCUCAACGACAUGGGACCCAAACCGGCCGGAAGCCAAACGAAUGAAGUGAUGGCCUACGAGUUCCUGCUGAAAGAGGCGCAACGCAUCGAAGCAUCGAAGCACGCCGACCAACAGCUCGACCUGGACAGCCAAACAGUGACCGGUGCGUUCAGCAUUUCGUUGCUGAAUCAAUCGAUGACCAGCAUGUACCGGAACGUGCAGAACCUCGUGGUACGGUUGGUGGGAACCGAACCCCGCCAGGCAUUGCUACUGAACUGUCACUUCGAUACCGUCGCAAGCAGUCCGGGCGCUAGUGACGAUGGUGCCAGCUGUGCCGUAAUGUUGGAAGUGCUGCGCGUUAUGUCCCGCCGGCCGGUGCGCACCCGACACACGGUACUGUUUCUGUUUAACGGUGCCGAAGAGACGAUGCUGCAGGCGGCACACGGUUUUAUCACGCAGCAUCCGUGGGCGGCUGACGUGCGUGCCUUUCUCAACCUCGAAUCGUCCGGUUCCGGUGGCAAGGAGGUACUGUUCCAGGCCGGUCCACACCAUCCAUGGUUAAUCGAAGCGUACGCACGCGCCAUACGUCAUCCGUUUGCGCACACCGUUGGGGAGGAAAUCUUCCAGCUCGGUUUGAUCCCAUCGGAUACGGACUUUCGCAUGUUUCGCGAUUACGGUGAAGUGCCGGGGAUGGAUUUUGCCCACAUUGCGAACGGGUACCGGUACCACACGCGCUACGACUCGAUGGAUUUCCUGUCGCUCGAAGUACUCCAGCGUACUGGCGAUAAUGUGCUUGCACUAACGAGCGAUUUGGCCGAGUGUGAUGAGCUAGCGGCUUCCCAGCUACCGACCGGUGAGACCGUCUUCUUCGACUUCAUCGGGCUACUGUUUGUGCACUACACGGUGUCCAGUGGACGACUGAUCAAUCUGGCCGUCGCGCUGCUUUCCAUCGUUGUACCCUUGGUCGGGUUUUCCCGGAUGCGGCGCGGUGAUGUUUUCCGUGAAGUUUUCUUCGGACUGGCAGGCACUGUAAUAGGGACAAUAUUUAGUAUCAUCGCAAGUACGACCGUCGCACGCCAGAUGGAUUUUAUCGGAAAGAGUAUGACCUGGUACACGAACACACAUUUGAUUCUGGGGCUUUACUGCUGUCCGGCCCUGUUGGCGCAUUGUUUCGUCUAUCUAUUUCUUACCACAUUCUACUCCAACAGCAAGAGCGAUCUAUCGCUGGGUCAAAUGACACAGGCACGAUUGGUUGGAGUAAAUGUGUUCUGGAGCUUCGUCACCUUAGGCGCAACCAGUGCAGACUAUCGCAGCGGCUACAUUCCCAUGGUUCUGCUCGUCUGUUCCCUUGCAUCGUCCACGGUGAACCUCAUCUUCAACGCGGGACGAACACAGCGCCGUUGGAUUUACGUCCAUCUUACCUUCCAGCUACCGGCACUGCUGUGGUCCACGAAUUUCUACAACGUUCUCAUACAACUCUUCGUACCGAUCACGGGCCGCUUUGGAGGAUCGCGCAAUCCGGAAGUGUUUAUCGCGCUGCUAGCCUCCGCAGGAACACUGCUGUGCUGCAGCUAUUUGAUUCCGUUUAUCGCCCAGUUGCGACAAAUGAUGAAUUUCACCGCCAAACUAUCGGCCCUCAUUGUGUUUGCGCUCGUGCUGGCCUGCCUUAGCCCGCUUGGGUUCCCAUAUAGGGAUGAAAGUAUGGCUGCGGAACCGACGCCCCAACGACACUACGUGACACACACUUUCCGGGUGUUUCACGAUGAAUUUGGACUGUACAACAGUUCCGACGCUGGGUACCUCUUCCAGGAGAUGGACAGAAACACACGUGCAACGGUUGAAGAAUAUGUUGCGCCCGGUGAAACGCUUACACCGAUGCGACUGAUGGCUUCCUGCCAGAAGGAAUUGUUCUGUGCAUUGCCGUUUUACUCCCUGUGGCAUCAGAUGCGAUUCAACAACUAUUGGCUACCAGGUCCGGAACCACUGUACGACAAUAUGGUCACAAUGGCCUAUCUCGGCACGGAGCAGCUCGAUUCGCAAACGCUACGUUUGACGUUCUCCAUGGAAGGAAGCAUACAAUCGUCUAUCAUUGUUGGACCAAAGGAAGGCGUACAGCUGGUCGGAUGGUCCGUGCUGGACCAUGUACCACCGGCGGCAAAGUUCAGUGGCCGUGAUGGACAUUUCCUCUUCAUUACGCACGGCCUACCGGGGAAGGCGUGGAACAUGACGCUCGAUAUGUGGUCCGAUCAACCGAAAGCUACCGGCGAUCUGGUGGAUAUCGUUGUUACGACCAAGUUCUGGGAGUAUCAUCACAUGCAUACGCCCGAGUUCGAGCAGCUGCUGGGAAGAUUCCCUUCCUGGGCGCACGUUGUUCCCUCGGUCGCGGUGGUUAGUGUGUUUCCGCUCUGA